GCGAGCUCGGUGUGCAGUGGGUGCGGGCAUGGCUCUACGCUUGGUGAAGGCACGUGCUGGCAGAAACAAUGAGACAAAUGUUCCCCCAGCAAAAGUUGGAACAAAAGCUGGCUUGAGGCCUAGAGCUGCUUUGGUGGACAUUGGAAACAGGGCACAAGGAGCUAAACUCCCUAUAAAAAAGGGGAAACCUACAGCAGUUCCAAAGGCAGAACCUGCAAAGAAGGUUGUUAAACCUGUUCAACAAUCGGAAAUCUAUACAGAUGUGACAGAGGUUCCAGUGUCGGUAGCCAGUGAAGUUACAGAUUGUGUAUCUGAGGACUUGUGCCAGGCCUUCUCUGAAGUGCUGCUUCCAGUGAAAGAUGUUGAUGCAGCCGAUGGUGACAACCCCAUGCUAUGUAGCAACUAUGUUAAAGAUAUCUACAAAUACUUGAGACAGUUGGAGAUGGAGCAGCCUGUGAGGCCCAAAUAUUUGGAAGGAAAAGAGAUAACUGGGAAUAUGCGUGCUAUCUUAGUAGACUGGCUUGUACAGGUUCAUAGGAAAUUCCAGCUGCUUCAAGAAACUUUGUACAUGACUGUAUCAAUCAUAGAUAGAUUCCUUCAGGAUAACCCAGUGACCAAAAACAAUCUACAACUUGUUGGUGUGACAGCAAUGCUGGUGGCCUCAAAAUAUGAAGAGAUGUAUCCUCCAGAAAUUGGGGACUUUGUCUAUGUUACAGACAAUACUUACACUACAGCUGCAAUACGUGAAAUGGAAAGGAAGAUUUUGCAAAAGCUUAACUUUUCUCUUGGCCGGCCACUUCCUUUACACUUUCUGCGGAGAGCUUCAAAAGUUGCUGAAGUAAGCUCUGAGCAUCACACCUUGGCCAAGUACUUGAUGGAACUGACAAUCGUGGACUAUGAAAUGAUGCAUUAUCCCCCGUCCCAGAUUGCAGCUGGUGCUUUUUGCCUGGCUCAAAAAGUCCUGAAUGCAGGUGAAUGGACACCACUUCUAGAACACUACAUGACCUAUAAAGAGGAUGAUCUGGUUUCUGUUAUGGAGCACAUUGCCAAGAAUGUUGUGAAGGUUAAUCAAAGCCUCACUAAAUACAUGACCAUUAAGAACAAAUAUGCCAGCACCAAGCUAAUGAAGAUCAGCACCAUUCCACAGCUAAAAUCUGAUGUGAUUAUCAACUUGUCAAAGCACCUGAUAGUUCAGAAAUAACUUCCAUACCUACUUGUAUAGCCUUGCUUCUGUAUUUUUUUUCUCAGCACCAUGUGCUAUUGUACAUAAAUGUAGUUACCAUUUUACUUUAAUAAAGGUG